AUGUCUUUCAACAAGUUCAAAGAUAUUUUGAACUUUAAUAUAAGCACUGACGUGGACGACGAGGACAAGACCCUCCUGCAAAGAGCCAUAUUGAAUGGAAGUCUGAAAGCAGUACAGAUACUGGUGCAAUAUAAAGCAGACGUCAAUGCUCCUCUAACAAAUACUAGAGAUAAAUUGCUACAUGAAGCUGUUAAAACAGGACACAGAGAACUGAUAUUGCAAGAGGAGUCUCUUUGUAUGAUUGAUGUAUCUGAUAAUCAUGGAUGGACGGCAUUACAUCAUGCUGUACAAAGACACCCACAGAGUGCUUCUUUGCUCUUGAUGAGAAAAUUCAAACCAGAUAUGAGGAAUAAAAGGGGAGAAACAACACUACAUAUCGCUGCACGAAGUGGAUAUGCAAAUGUGGUCAAACAACUUCUAGAUUAUGAUAAAACUGGAGAACUUAUCAAUUGUACUGACCUAAAGAACAGAACGGCCCUUCACUUAGCGGCUUAUCAUAACCAUACAGAAGUGGUUUCUUUUUUAUUUGAAAAAAAUGCUCGUUUCAUAAGUGAUGUUGAUGGGUGUUACCCAGUCCAUGUGGCAGCUAGGAAUGGAUCAAUAGAGACACUUAAGUUACUACUUAAAAAAAGGCUAUCCUUCCUCAAUCGAAGAGAUACUAAAAAUAAGAACACUCUGCUACACCAUGCUGCACAUAAUGGUCAUUCAAGAGUUGUCAAGCUGUUACUAUUUCUCGGCGCAGAUAUCAAGGAAAACAAAGACCAAAAAAAUUGUCUUGAUAUUUCCAUUGAACGAGGACAUGAAGAUGUUGCUAUGGAAAUAGCAUCAAGUACACAGUGGGAUAAAUGUUUGAGAAAGAAAUCCAAGCCACAGCUAGUUGAAUUGAUUAAUAAAUGGCCAAAUGUUGCAAAGAAGUACUUGGAUAGGAUGAAAAAAGCUGAGGACACCAUUCAUAAUUUAAAGGUUGUGGUCUAUGAUUUUGCAUACAUGACCAAUAGAAUAAAUAUUAAAGGCACACAGUCACCAUUACAGGCUGUAUACAAAAGUAGGGAAUGCUUAAACCAUGAUGUCAUCUGCAAAUACUUGCUAUCGUGCUGGUAUAAAUUUGGUGCCAAGUUAUAUUUCACUGGACUCUUUUGUUACAUUGUGUAUGUGGUGUUGAUGACAGCUGUGAUUUGGUUAGAAAUGUUAAAUAACCCGAUAUCUCUUCGAAAUCAGACAACGGAUUCCCAGUUGCAGUACAAUCUAGAAAUAUCAAUUUUGGAAAAAGUUCUUGGUGGUAUUGUUUUAUUUAUUGCCGUGUUCGACAUGAUUUCUGUUGUCUACUCUAUAGUCAUACAGAGAAUGGACAGUGUAAACCUCCGCCUUUUAAUGGAAACACUUCAAGAUAUUACCACCAUACUUUUCAUCAUUUCCAUGUACGUAGAUAUAGUAAGAUCAUCAUUUCAGAUUUCCAUGGCAACCAGUGCCAUUUUAACCUCAUGGCUGGUUCUUGUGUUGCAAGUACAGAGGUUACCAGUGUUUGGUUUAUACGCAGUCAUGGGAAAAUGUUAUUUAAAAACUUUAUUGAAAAUGAGUCCAGCAUUAGUAUUUCCUGUCAUUGGAUUUGGGAUUGCUUUCUAUAUUCUUUUGUCCAGUCAAGAUGAAUUUUCUUCAUUGCCUCGUUCUGUGCUGACUGUGGCUGUCAUGAUGCUUGGUGAAAUUAAUUAUUAUGGUAAUUUUGUGGAAGACAAUAGCUCUAUUGUUUCAGUCAUGGUGGUCAUUGUUCUUAUUGUUUUCCUUAUUUUGGUGGUUAUCAUCGGCAAUCUGGUAAUUGCAUUAGCUGUUAACGAUGUGCUUUCAACUCAGCGAGACCAUUAUCAACAACUUAUUCUGCUCCAGAUCAAGUUACAAUUACAACUAGAACACAGUUUAAUGUAUGUUAUGAUACAACCACUGUCGCGUUGGCUUUGGAGAUGUUCACAUGGAAGACUAGAAGAUGAGUCAACAAUAUACGUAGACCAGAAACCGGAUACAAAAUCAGUUUCAUGGUUUCAGUGGUGUUUUAAAGGGAGGCCCAUGUCAAUUGGACUAGAAAAUGAAAUGAAAGAUGAAAUCACAAAAUUGAAAGAAGAAUUGCAGACACAAAGAUUGCAGUAA